AUGGAUCCUCUAAACCUCUCUUGGUACAAUGGUGACAUCGGUGACAGGAACUGGAGCAAGCCACUCAACGAGUCCAAUGCAGACCAGAAGCCUCAGUAUAACUACUAUGCCAUGCUGCUCACUCUCCUCAUCUUUGUCAUUGUUUUUGGCAACGUGCUGGUCUGUAUGGCUGUGUCCAGGGAGAAAGCCCUUCAGACUACUACUAAUUACCUGAUUGUGAGUUUGGCAGUGGCAGAUCUCUUGGUAGCAACCCUGGUCAUGCCCUGGGUGGUCUAUCUGGAGGUGGUUGGUGAGUGGAGGUUUAGUCGGAUCCACUGUGAUAUCUUUGUAACGCUUGAUGUUAUGAUGUGUACUGCCAGUAUCCUCAACCUCUGUGCCAUCAGCAUUGACAGGUACACAGCAGUAGCAAUGCCAAUGCUGUAUAACACCCGCUACAGCUCCAAGCGCAGGGUCACAGUCAUGAUUGCUGUGGUCUGGGUGCUUUCUUUUGCCAUCUCCUGCCCACUGCUCUUUGGCCUCAACAACACAGACGAGAAUGAGUGCAUCAUUGCCAAUCCUGCCUUUGUCGUGUAUUCCUCUAUCGUCUCCUUCUACGUUCCCUUCAUCGUCACGCUGCUGGUGUACGUGCAGAUUUACAUCGUGCUGCGGAAGCGCAGGAAACGCGUCACCACCAAGCGCAGCCGCCACAGCCGCGUCUCAGACGCGCGAGCCCCGCUCAAGGACAAAUGCACUCAUCCAGAAGACGUCAAGCUCUGCACAGUUAUUGUGAAGUCCAAUGGGAGAUUCCAAGUUAAUAAGCGCAAAGUGGAGGCGGAGAGUCACAUAGAAGAGAUGGACAUGGACAUGGUGUCCAGUACCAGUCCUCCUGAGAAAACCACCAUCAAACCUUUGGCACCAGGUAGCCAUCAGCUGGUUGUGCCGGUUGCCUCUAAUCAGGGCACCAACUCAACUCUGCAGGCACCCUUGGACAGCCCUGGGAAAGUAGAGAAGAACGGACAUGCCAAAGAAACACCCCACAGAGCCAAGGCCUUUGAGAUCCAGUCUAUGCCCAAUGGCAAGACAAGGACCUCUCUCAAGACCGUGAGCAGGAGGAAACUGUCACAACAGAAGGAAAAGAAAGCCACUCAGAUGCUUGCCAUUGUACUCGGUGUUUUCAUCAUCUGCUGGCUCCCAUUCUUCAUCACUCACAUCCUGAACAUGCACUGCGAUUGCAACAUCCCCCCAGCGAUGUACAGCGCCUUUACAUGGCUUGGAUACGUCAACAGUGCUGUCAACCCGAUUAUCUACACCACCUUCAACAUCGAGUUUCGCAAGGCUUUCAUGAAGAUCCUCCACUGCUAAAAGCAAAACCAGCUUUUUUUAAGAAUGAGAAAAAACGACGCCAUCCACGCACAGAAACGGGCAGC